UCGAAGAUGAAUAUUGGAUCAAUGCACUCAGAUGAGGAUGAUUUCUACCUUCCCCUCUGGCCAACUUCCUCUACUACUUUAUCAGCUCCUUCGUUUACUUCUCAUGAUCAGUCUGGCAACUCUGGUACCAUAGGGCUCUUUAAUGAAUUGAUUACAGCUGACUCAAGCUUCCAAACCCUAGACGUUCCAUCUCUACCAAUGCAUUCGCAAUAUUAUAGUACUACUGCCGAGGUUCAUGCAGAGGAUUUUAAUUUUCUCAAAAACGUUAAUUCUGAAUUAGAUCCUCAACUUCCGAUGCCUGAAUUAUCCGACGAGUACCCAUCUUUAUGGCCUGAAGUUCCACCGACACUUCGCCAAUAUUACAUACAGGAAAUGCCUAACGAAAAUCCCCAAGAAAUCCGGCCUGACUUUUCAUUGUCAAGUUAUACAUUUCCGGAGGGAAAUGUACUUGAGGGUUGGAUGGGUACUGAUCAAGAAACUAUUAUUAAUGGAGCUACAAAUAGUCUCAGCAAUAUUGUUGAAGGGAACCCGGCAAGUUCCCAUAAUGGUAUUGGUGGAUCAGAGAAUCAUGCAGGCAGUAAUCAAACUGGCAAAACAUCAGUACAGCUUCCUGAUAAUCGUGUCAAUCGUCGUAGGGGAUUCCGUAAAAAGCCCAAGCGCUCACUUGGUGAGAGAGGCUCAAUCUACAGAGGAGUUAGUAGAUACACUGGACGUUUUGAAGCAUUUCUGUGGGAUAACACUAACCCAGGAGAGAAACCAAAGACAGUUUAUGUUGGUGGUUUUGAUAACGAAAAGGAAGCGGCUAGGGCUUAUGAUUUGGCUGCUCUCAAGUUAUGGGGCGAGGCUGCACCAAUAAAUUUUUCUCUGCGUGACUACAAGAAGGAAAUGGAGGAGAUGCAGUACAUGACAAAGAAAGAAUAUUUGCUCAGCAUUAGAAGAAAGAGUAGAGGCUUCUCCAAGGGAAUCUCAAGUUACCGUGGAGUUUCAAGGAACUCCGACUAUAAGAAAUGGCAAGCCAGGCUAGGGAAAGGUAGAGGAAUGAGAAGCAUUUAUAUUGGAACAUUUGGUACUGAAGAGGAAGCUGCCAGAGCUUAUGAUGUUGCAGCCAUAAGAAUGAAAGGAUUGAAAGCUAUCACCAAUUUUGAACUGAGCAACUACGAUGUCAAUGGCAUACUUGCAUGCGAAAAGCUUCCGAUCGGCAAGGGCGCUUCGAAGGUGUUAAAGAAGACUUCAGUGGAUGAUUUUCUUCUUACGAAAAGAAACACCGGAAAGACCCCCACAUUAUGCUUGCCGUUAGAAAACCCAAGCAGCUCUCAGCCCAACUCACAACAUGAGCAAUCAUUUGAACAGUUUAAUACGUUGGCAACAGCCCCAAACAACCAGAUCAUUUCUCCGUACUUUCAGCAGAACUGCAAUAAUGCCAACCAAGUUUUUCAUCAGAACCUUAGCUCCUCCUUUCCGCUUUUUGCCACUCAGGAAUUGACUCAAAUUGGUGGAGGGGAGACAUCUGGUGGAAAUCUGAGUGAGAGCUCGAAUUUGGUGUUUCCCUGUAAUGGUGUUUGGGGGGAGCACAUGAGCUUGACAAUGAUGGAGACUAAUGAGCUGAUGGCCAACAGUGGAAUAUUGCCGAGCUGGAAUCAGCCAAUUCAGCCAUCUGAUCACUCUCAGUUCCAUCAAAGUUAUGAACAUACCAGCCAACUCCUACAGCCCCAAAUCCUCAGCUUAGCAUUUCUUGGCCACAAAAACCCUAACUUUCUGACAAAUCCUGAUUUCCUUCACGGGUCAAUCAGUGCUGCAAGUGGCUUGGAGAGGAAUGGGACUUAUAUGGGUGGCAACCUUAAUGGAGGGUUUCCGGGAGAGAAUCAUGUGGUGCUGGAUGGAAAUUCAACGGUGACAAACACUGGUAAUUACUCUGAUCUUGGGAUAUCUUGGGGGGGAAUUCAACAAGUGGAGGAAUUAGAUCAGACGUUUCAGACACUACAACAGAACGAAAUGUUUCAGUUUCAUCAGGAUGCAGGAAAUGGUAUUAACGGCCUACUCCAGGAUCAGAAUCCUGAACCUUCCCAUUCUCGUGAAAUCCAAAACCUUGAGUCUCAAACAAACCCUAAUAACUUCCUGUAUGGGUGCUUGACUGGUGUUGAUCAAAUGAAUGUGGGAACAAAUAAUGUAAACUUCAGUAGCUGUGUAGGAGGACUUGCAGGUAGUAGCUGGUUUCCAGAGGAAAGUUUGAUGGUGAUGGAGACCGCGGAGAAGAUGAAUCCCAAUGCUGAUGCCAGUAAUGGUGGAUUUCGUAUUCAUGAAACACCAAUAUUUAUGGAGGGCAACUCUGCACCGCGAAGCUUAGUCGAGAAAGGAGAUCAAUUGAGUGAAGACUUUGGGCUGGACAUGAGAGACUUUGGAAUUGAUUCCUUCGAGCUGGAUGGAAGUACUUUUCUUGACGAGCUGAUCUCCGCUUUCUAACGCAUGAAAGGCUUGACUGCAGGUGCUAGACAAAAUCUAAUAUUAUAACUAAUUGCAAAGUAAAUAGUGUGUGCAAAUCCAGGUAACUUGGAUAUAUUUGGCGUUGUUGGUGUUUAUAUAUAUGGUCGAAGUCAGUGAUGAAGUCAUCAAAUCAAAGGAUUGUAGA